CCUGUACUGUGUCCGCAGUCUCUGGUCAUCUCCUGUACUGUGUCCGCAGUCUCUGGUCAUCUCCUGUACUGUGUCCGCAGUCUCUGGUCAUCUCCUGUACUGUGUCCGCAGUCGCUGGUCAUCUCCUGUACUGUGUCCGCAGUCGCUGGUCAUCUCCUGUACUGUGUCCGCAGUCGCUGGUCAUCUCCUGUACUGUGUCCGCAGUCUCUGGUCAUCUCCUUCGCUGGUCAUCUCCUGUACUGUUCAUCUCUAAAACCUAGGUGCGUCUUAUAG